AUGGAGGCAUCAAAUUUACAAAUCUAUUGGCAUGAAUCGCAGCCAAUAUAUAGCUUGUGCUUCCAUCAGAGUAAUUCAACCGCGAGACACACUAGGCGACUGGUUACUGCAGGCGGCGAUAACAAAAUUCGCAUCUGGCAAUUGAACUUCGAUCAGGACAACAAGGAUAAAGUCGAUACAAUUGACUUCCUAUCUUCUUUAACUCAACAUGAACAAGCAGUUAAUGUCGUUCGAUUUGACUCGAAUAAUGAGACUUUGGCCACUGCUGGUGAUGAUGGCCAAUUACUGCUAUGGAGGAAAAACGACAAGAUAGUCAAGGAGUUUGGUACCGAUGAAGAAGAGUUUGCUGAUUUCAAAGAGUCAUGGUAUAUUUGGAAGCGCCUGCGCACCAGUUCGAUGGGCGCGUCAUCAGAAAUAUACGAUCUCUGCUGGAGUCCAGAUGAUAAAUUCAUAGUAACAGGGUCAAUGGAUAACAGCGUUCGGAUUUUUGACGUUGAACAAAGCAAAUGUAUAGUUGUGUCAACAGAGCAUAACCAUUACGUUCAGGGGGUAACGUGGGACCCCAACGAUGAAUUCAUAAUUUCGCAAUCUGCUGAUAGAUCGAUUCACGUUCAUAAGAUUCAGCGUGAUAACAACGGCCUAAUAACUUCUUUGAAAAUCGCAAACAAAAUUACAAAGGGAGAUCUACCGACUAGAGAAGGUAUGAAUUCCAAGGUGUUAAAGCACAAGAGCCUCAAGACUUCCUACUUAUUCCACAAUGAGACAUUACCCUCAUUCUUCCGCAGGCUAUGUAUGUCGCCUUGUGGAAACCUACUUUGCAUCCCAACGGGUAUAUUUAGAAUCAAUGACAGUGGAUCAGAGAAUAUGACAGAUGAGUUAGCCAAUGCAGUUUACAUUUUCACUCGUUUCUCGCUUAAGAAUAACAGCAACAGGCCAGUCUUGUGCUUGCCCUUCUUGCACAAGCCAGCGCUAGCCAUUUCGUUUAACCCUCGACUCUACAAGCUGAAUGGCAAUGAUAAGCCAUACAUUGAUCUACCAUAUAAGCUGGUUUUUGCCGUUGCAACUUCAGAUGAGGUACUUUUGUAUGACACAGAAUCGACUGAGCCUAUUGCUGUGAUUGGAAAUCUGCAUUACACGCCGAUUACAGACCUCAGUUGGAGUGCUGACGGUUGCAUGCUGAUGCUAUCAUCGACUGAUGGCUUUUGUUCUUACGUUUCGAUGAAACAGGGAACCCUUGGGGGUCUCUACGAGAAAGAUCUUCCCAAGCGCGCGUCCGAAUCGGAGCACUCCGCGCUUGAGUCAUCUGCAUCUGUAGAUAAUUCUUCAAACCAAAAAAGGAAAGCACCAUCAGAUAACUCGCUGACAGAAACCGCUGAAAAAAUUAGCAAGACGUCAGGUAUUCAAUGUGCCUCCUCUGCCUCGGAAGUGGGGCAGAAGAAAGAAUUUGAGGUCGCUACGAAACCUGUUUCCUCCAAUGAAGCGAAAAGCACUCCCAAAAAGUCGGUAAAACGCAGGAUACAGCCUACUUUAAUGAGUUGA